GUCAAUGGAGGAAGGCUUGCUUGCAAAAGAAGAGAGAGAAGUGACGACCGGUUUGGAGUUUAGAGAAGAGGGAGGGAGGCUUGGUAGGGUGGCAGUGCCAAUGGUCAUUGUUUCUGUGGCACAAUAUAUGAUUAACGUUAUAUCGACGAUGUUGGUGGGGCAUCUCGGCGAGCUGCCUCUAGCCGGAGCUUCUAUUGCCGCCUCUCUCACCAGUGUUACUGGCUUUACCAUUCUGAUUGGAAUGGCAAGUGCAUUGGAAACUCUAUGCGGUCAAGCUUAUGGAGCACAGCAAUACCAGAAGCUUGUAAUACACACAUGCAGUGCCAUCUUCUCUCUUACAUUAGUCAGCCUUCCUAUUUCUAUCAUAUGGCUAUCAAUGGGAAAACUGCUUCUAUUCAUAGGUCAAGACCCAAAAAUCUCAGAAGAAGCAGGGAAGUUUGCGGUGUGGACCAUCCCAGCAAUCUUUGCCUACGCCGCAUCUCAACCUUUAAUGAAAUUUCUCCAGUCACAAAGCGUCAUUCUACCCAUGCUUCUUAGCUCCAUAGCUACUCUUUGCUUUCACAUACCAGUCUCUUGGUAUCUUAUUUUUAAGUCGGGAUUGGGCAUUGUUGGGGCUGCUCUUUCCAUAAGCAUAUCAUAUUGGAUGAAUACAGUCAUGCUUGUACUGUAUAUAUUUCAUUCUACUACUUUCAAGAAAAUGUCUUUGCCACUCUCAAAGGAGGCUUUCAAAGGAAUCAAACAGUUCUUUAGAUUUGCUUGUCCAACAGCAAUCAUGAUAUGUCUUGAAUAUUGGUCAUUUGAAAUGUUGAUUCUUCUCUCUGGGCUUUUGCCAAAGCCAAAACUUGAAACAUCUGUGCUAUCCAUAUGUCUCACAACCAUAUCACUACUUUACAACAUUCCUUAUGGACUUGGAGCUUCAGCUAGCACGAGGAUAUCAAACGAAUUAGGAGCUGCAAAUCCAAAAAGAGCUCGUUUAGCUGUACAUGUUGUCAUGUUUAUUAUAGUGAUGGAAGCCAUCAUAAUGAGUGUGACUUUAUUCUCCAUGCGUUACAUUCUGGGUUAUGCUUACAGCAAUGAGGAGGAGGUAGCAGAUUACGUUAAGGAUAUGGUUCCAUUGGUGUGUCUAACGGUUUUUAUGGAUAGUCUUCAGGGCGUGCUAUCAGGUGUUGCACGAGGAUGCGGAUGGCAGAACAUUGGUGCGUACGUAAACCUCAUUGCAUUUUAUCUGAUUGGAAUCCCAACAGCUGUAGUUCUUGGUUUUAUAUUGCAUAAUGGAGGGAAGGGGCUUUGGAUUGGUCUUCUAUGUGGAUCUACGGCUCAAACAAUCUUGCUUUCUUUUGUAACAAUUCUAACGAACUGGGAGAGACAGGUAGAAAGGGCGAGAGAGAGGCUAUAUAAAGAAACAGUAACAUUGGUGAACAACUACAAGUGAAUGUGGAUUCAUACUUGCUCUAUCUUGUAAGGCUGAAAGAUGAGAGAGAUUUCAGAUUUUGAAGACUCGAAUGCACGAUGCUGGCUCAAGCAGUAUUUUUGGUUCUGUUUAGCGCGUAAAUUUUAGGGAUUCUAAUAGAUUAUUAAUGUUAUACAACGAAAAAAUUAAUUCAAAAGCACAACACAUUUGGAGAAAGUUGGCUAAAAGUUUCAUUAUGGAUAAUACUCAAACUAAAAAGAACCAAAGUCUUUUCGGAAACUUGGUACGUUUUUAUGUUUCUCCCUAUUUAUGUGAUUGAGCACCUCUGCAAAGUCUUGAGCAAUAAUAUGUCCGGCUGAGUUCCAACAUCCUCAUGCACAUGUAUAGAUGAUUUUCAGCAAAGCUUGGAUGCUCCUAUUGUUUCGAAAAGUUGUUUUAAUUUCGAGAUUCGUGUUAAGUUAGCUUAAUAUUUUGUUACAUUUCUUGUACAUUGUAUAACAGUUUUUAUGGCUUGUGUUACUUAUA